GAUGAAAACGAGUAAUUAAUGAACGUCGAAUAAUUAUUUAUUUGCGUUAUGAAGAGUAGCCAAUUAGCAUCGAGAUUUUAUAGAUUGUUAAUGAAACAUGGCGGCCGUGUAUCAAUUUAGAAGCACAUGGAUUGUUACAAAGUUGGCGUUACAAUAUCAAAUAUGUGCUUUUUAAUAUAAAUCCAUUUAUAUACAGUUUCGAAAGGUUAUAAUUUUACGUUGACGUAUAAAAGAAAGAAAAAAGAAAUACUUCGAUAUGGCAAACGCAGAUAAGAAAGGAAAGAAACGAGAAGCGGAGGAUAAUGAUAUGGAAGUCGAAGUAAUGAAUGGCAUUGAGGGAAAGAUUAAGUCUGCAUCGCGUACAAAAAGAGCCAGAAUAGUACGACGUGGUGAAUUUCGAAAGAUACCCGUACCUGCCCAUAGAUAUACCCCGCUUAAGGAUAAUUGGAUGAAGAUAUUUACUCCUAUUGUUGAACAUUUACAACUACAGAUACGUUUUAAUCUGAAAACAAGAAAUGUAGAGAUCCGUACUGCUCCUGAAACUGCAGAUAUUUCUAAUCUUCAAAAAGGUGCAGAUUUUGUGAAAGCUUUCAUAUAUGGUUUCGAAGUAGAGGAUGCAUUAGCUCUAUUACGUUUAGAUGAUUUAUUUGUAGAGACGUUUGAGGUUCAGGAUGUAAAACCGUUAAAAAGCGAUCAUUUAUCUAGAGCUAUAGGAAGAUUAGCAGGGAAAGGAGGGAGAACAAAAUUCACUAUAGAAAAUGUAACAAAAACAAGAAUAGUCUUAGCCGAUAGUAAAAUUCACAUUCUUGGUUCCUUUCAAAAUAUACAAUUGGCUCGCAGAGCUAUUUGUAAUUUGAUUUUAGGAAGUCCGCCAUCUAAAGUUUAUGGCCAUUUAAGGAAUAUUGCUAGUAGGAUAUCGGAACGAUUGUAAUAUAAUAAUAAUAGAAAAUUCAUAAAAAGUUUUCUUUGUAUUUAUAUGCAAAUAUAAAUUAUAUACAAAUAGAUAUUAGAUAUAAUUUUGCUAAUAUUAUUAUAAUGAUAUCAAUUAAAUAUAAAAUUUAAAAAUGUUUUUAAGCCAUCUAAUAAAUAUUACAUAUAAUUUAGAGAAUUAUUCGAUAUUUGUAUUUGCGUGGGACUUUAUUAAUUACUAAUCUACCGUCAUAACUCAACGAAGCGAAUGUCCAAGGAUCGGCAGAGGACCAUUCUACUGCAUAUACACUAUCCUCGUGUUCUUCAUACCUCUCGACAACUCCGUCUUCUAAUCUAAAAUAUUUAUUUAAUUAUAAUUAAAAUUUAAUAUUAUAUAUUAUUAGAUAAAGUAUAAGGUAAAAAUAUUACAUACUUAUCUUUUUGACACAUUUCA